CUCUCUUACUCUUACAAACCCUCUUUCUCGCUCUGCACUCGCGCUUCUCUCUCUGCGCAUUUCCAUGGCCACCACCGCUCUCUGAUCUCUCUCUCUCUCUCUCUCCUCCGUGCAACGUGCCCGAUACGUCCGACCUUAGCGAGUUCCCGCCGCCUAGAGGCAUGGGCGCGCAGUGGCUCGAGAGAGGCGAUCUGUGGAAGAGUAAAGCUCGGUGCGUGCAGCUCCGGCUCCGGGACCGCUUCCGGGUCGUCGCCGUCGACAAGCACCGUCUCCGGCCGGCGGCGGCGGCGGCGUUGCUCGCCGACGGCUACUUCUCCUCGACCGUGCAGCGCUGGCUCCGGAGGUUUCGGGACUUCCGGAGGGAUUCCCUGCCGUCGUCGCCGUCGUCCUUCUACCGCAAGAGAGUCAGCGAGGAGUUAAAUGCUGAAGGAGAUUCUAUUGUCCUCCGAAUGGUUCAAGCUGUUGCUGUGCCUGUUCUAGGGAAUAUGUGCCAUGUGUUUAUGCAUGGCCUAAAUCGUGUUCAGGUAUAUGGUGUAGAGAAGCUACAUGAUGCGCUGCUUCACAGACCUAAGCAUAAGUCCCUUCUCACGGUAAGCAAUCAUGUCGCAUCUGUGGAUGAUCCAUUUGUUAUCGCCUCACUUCUCCCUCCAAGUGUUCUGUUGGAUGCUCAGAACCUGAGAUGGACACUUUGUGCAACAGAUCGAUGUUUCAGCAAUCCCGUGACUUCUGCUUUCUUUCGAUCCGUAAAAGUUCUGCCAGUUUCCCGUGGUGAGGGGAUUUAUCAAAAGGGUAUGGACAUGGCUGUAUCAAAAUUGAACAGUGGUGGGUGGGUUCACAUCUUUCCAGAAGGCAGUCGUUCUCGGGAUGGUGGGAGAACCAUAGGAUCAGCGAAGAGAGGUGUUGGGAGGUUGGUACUCGACGCAGACAGCAUUCCUAUGGUUGUACCUUUUGUGCAUACAGGAAUGCAAGAUAUCAUGCCUAUUGGAGCCAAUUUCCCAAGGAUCGGCAAGACGGUGAUUGUACUUAUCGGCGAUCCUAUCCACUUCGAUGACCUGCUCAAUAUGGAGGGACUUGAACAUGUUUCAAGAGGCAAACUUUACGAUGCCGUGGCAUCCCGAAUUGGUCACCGACUGCAGGGGUUGAAAAUGCUAGUCGACAGGCUAGCACUAGAACAAUCGAUGCAGUUAUGCACCCACUCUAUGCAGAACUCACAAAGAGUCGCUGGCAUACUGCAGCAGGUCGACUGGGAGUCAUUCGGCAUCGAGGCCGAUGCAUUUGCCGAACACUAUCCGUCGACACAAACUCCGCACAUUCAACCGGAAGAACAUCUUGCUGGCCCAAAAGAUACAGCGGGCACAGACCGGUACUUCAGGAUGGGUUUCUCUUACGAAGGGGCUGCCUUCAUGUCGAGAAUGCGCGGGUACAUGGACCCAUCGGAGCUGAUGGGGUUCGCAGCUAGAGGCUUGUUCACGAAUGUUUACAGACCGAAGGAGAGGUCGGAGGACACCAGAGUCCUCGGUGCUCUGAAGGCUUGGAAGCGAUACAUGGAAGCUAAUGUACUACGAAACUGGAAUACCUGUUAAACAAAGAACAUAAAGUGGAGCAAAUUGUAAAUUAAUUACAUAGUCCAGACCACAGCUCUUGGUUUAA